AAAAUAUCUAUGAAAUAAUUAAAUUAUUUCACACCAUAUCUUCAUUAUUUAUUACUAUUUGAGUUCAUACCAUGUUUUUUGAGUUUUAAUUAAGAAGUAACACAACUACGAAUUAGAAUUUCUUUGUGGUCGUACUGCCACCUUUAAUUUUCUCAUCCACCCUAAUGCAUGUUAAUGUUGGAAUUAGUAAAUAUAUCAACCCGAAAAGUAACCAAGGGAUAGAUGGAUCAAAAAAAGGACAUCUCAUCAGGCUGCCAAGAAUCCUCUGUUGCGGUGAACUACAACAGGGAAGAAGAGCUAAAGGCUUUCGAUGAUUCGAAAGCCGGUGUUAAAGGACUAAUAGAUCCCGGGGUGACAAAAGUCCCGAAGAUAUUCAUCCGAUCGCCUGAAGAGAUUGCUGAGGAGCUUGCCAGGCGCAAGAGUACUGAUUUACAGAUUCCGGUUAUUGAUAUCAGCGACAUUGUAAGAGGAAGUGAAGUGCGCGAGAAAGUUGUGAACGAAAUUUGUAUAGCAUCCGAGGAGUGGGGAUUUUUUCAGGUGGUCAACCACGGAAUCCCCUGGAACGUGCUGGAUGGAAUGAUUGACGGAGUGCACAUGUUUCACGACCAGGAUUCUGAGAUAAAGAAAGCGUUGUAUGAUCGGGCGAAAAAGGUGAGAUUCGAGACUAAUUAUGAUUUGUACAGGUCGAAAUCCGCUAGUUGGAGGGACACCUUGACCAUCUAUAAUCUUGCUUCAGAUCAACUUGGCCCUGAUGAGGUUCCCCCAGUGUGCAGAGCUACAACAGUUGAGUAUAUGAAGCAUGUUAGGAACCUGGGAAAUACUCUGUUCAAGUUGCUCUCAGAGGUUCUAGGCCUGAACCGCGACCACUUAAACGCCCUCGAAUGUGGUAGAGACCACGGCUUUCUUUGCCAUUACUAUCCGGCAUGCCCAGAGCCAAAUCUAACUUUGGGAAUUGGCAAGCACUUAGAUCCUACAUUUCUUACUGUACUGCUGCAAGACCAACUUGGAGGCCUCCAAGUCAUGCAUAAAAAUCAGUGGGUUGAUGUUCAGCCGAUUUCCGGAGGUUUGGUAGUUAACAUCGGGGUUCUUCUCCAGAUGAUAUCGAACGACAAGCUCAAAAGCGUUGAUCAUAGAGUGCUGGCCAGCCUUGCCGGACCGAGAAUCUCUGUGGCGUGCUUUUUCGUUGGUGUCGUAUGGCCCCUGAAGCCGUACGGGCCAAUGGAAGAAUUGAUAUCAGCAGAAAAUCCUCCCCUGUACAAGGAUUUUCUAGUGAGUGAUUAUUUUGCAAAGUUCUUUUCCAGGGCACUUGACAAAUCUAGGGUCGACGACUACAAGAUAUGAAGCAAAUGCAUAAAGUUCAUCUGUGAAGCUAGCUAUAUUGUGUUGUCCUGUUAAACUUUUCCCUUUUCAUACGAAUAAAUUCGAUAUCGGGUUUUGUUUUGUGUUUGUGGCAGUUAUCCAUUGAAUAAUAUUGUAUUCUUUUUUCUUCGUCAAAGGUUUUUUUUGCUAGGUUUUCGAAGGUUUUUUUCCGCUAGGUUUUCGUU